AGACUUUGUACCUCCCUCCCCAGAGAAGGAAAUGCCUCCUUCCUCAUCUGUUUUUAAAAGCAUUCGAGAUUCUUCCUUUGAGAGGGCAGCUGGAGACGUGAAAAGCCGCUCGCCAGACUCUGGUUUUGCCAGCUGUUGCUUCAAUGAAGGGCAGGAAGAUAAGUCCUCGCCACGUGAGACCCUUCUGUACAGAGUGAUGAAGGGAAUCUGUGACCUGGUGGAUUCCAUCUCGGAAAGGGAGCUGAGGUCUUUGUCUUGUGGGAAGGAGCUGCUUCAGAAGAGAGACCACAGAAGAAAGCUAUUAAGUUAUACUGAAGCAAGUGGAAAGGACGGCAACACCUCUCCUGCCGUAAACCGCCAAGCAUCUCUUGGGGACGAGAACUCUCUGUACAGCGAAGCCGCUCUUCAGCUGAAGAGCACUUUUGCGACCGGCCCCCGGAGAAGCUCUGUCUUUGGCGGUGGACUUUUCUCCGAAUCACUGCCUGCUGCUGCGCAACCACACAAAUAUCAUUCGACCCCCUUUGCUGCCCGGACGCAGAACCCAGAUGAGGCUGAGGUAUUCACAUUGUCAGAGAGUUCCACCCUUGGCAGUGAUAUCUCAGGGAAUGCAGGAAUUUCUUUAUCCACGCCGGGCAUCCGUGAAGGAUCGUCGCUCAGGGGUGACAGAAACGAGCGCGGUCUGCGUGCCAAGUUGAACCUGGCAGCUUUAAGGGACCGAAGCGAGCCCAGCGGGGCUAAGAGCCAACCGGGAGGCAAGAGGCGCUUGGCAACACCAGACCCGGAUUUUGAUAUCGACAUUGAUAUCGAUGAGCUGGACGAUAUGCUCAAUAGCUCAGGAGUGGAGCAGCCGUCGAGGGGGCUCUGCCAACCCGUUCGGGAGGACCAUCCUGCCAAAGGGAAUGGGCGUCUUUCAGAUCCCGCUUCCCCCCGACCAAACUACCCCAUGUCUGUCAAGAGCUGUGCAGCCCCACGGGGCCACGAUCCGCCUAGAAAUGCAGUGCUGGAGCGCUUCAAAGGCUUGGCAUUCCCGCAUUCCAACGAAAUGAUGAAGAUAUUUCACAAAAGGUUUGGCCUCCACCACUUCCGAGUGAAUCAGCUGGAGGCCAUCAAUGCCGCUCUGUUGAAUGAAGACUGUUUCAUCUUGAUGCCUACAGGAGGGGGCAAGAGCUUAUGCUACCAGCUGCCGGCCUGCGUCUCCCCGGGAGUCACCAUCGUGAUCUCCCCCUUGAGGUCUCUGAUAGUGGACCAAGUUCAGAAGCUGACGUCAAUGGAUAUUCCGGCUACUUAUCUGACGGGUGAUAAGACAGAUGCCGAGGCAUCCAGAAUUUACAUGCAGCUCUCAAAGAAAGAUCCCAUCAUAAAACUUCUCUACGUCACCCCAGAGAAGGUCUGCCUGAGUGGCCGCCUGAUGUCCAUCCUGGAGAAUCUGUUCGAGCGGCACCUCUUGGCCCGCUUUGUGAUUGACGAGGCGCACUGUGUCAGCCAGUGGGGCCAUGACUUUCGCCCAGACUACAAGCGGCUGAAUAUGCUUCGCAAGAAGUUCUCCUCCGUUCCCAUGAUGGGGCUGACGGCCACGGCCAAUCCGAGGGUGCAGAAGGACAUCCUCAAUCAACUGGAGAUGCAUCGGCCACAAGUGUUUAGCAUGAGCUUCAACAGGCACAACUUGAAAUAUGAUGUUCUGCCCAAGAAGCCAAAAAGCGUUGCUUUGGACUGUUUGCAGUGGAUCAGUAAAUAUCACCCACAUGAUUCUGGAAUAAUCUACUGCCUCUCGCGGUACGAAUGUGACUCGGUUGCCAGCGUUUUGCAGAGGGCAGGCGUGCUGGCGCUUGCGUAUCACGCCGGUCUCCCCGACAACACCAGGGAUCUCGUGCAGAAGAAGUGGAUUAAUCAGGAUGGAUGCCAGGUGAUCUGUGCCACCAUUGCUUUCGGCAUGGGGAUCGACAAGCCGGACGUGCGCUUCGUGAUCCACGCUUCUCUCCCAAAGUCCAUUGAGGGCUACUACCAGGAGUCGGGCCGCGCUGGGCGGGAUGGCGAAAUGUCCCACUGCGUCCUUUUCUACAGCUACAGUGACGUCUCCAGACUGAGGAGGCUCAUUCUGAUGGAAAAAGAUCGCAACAGACAUUCUCAGCAGACUCAUUUCAACAACCUCUACAGCAUGGUCCACUACUGCGAGAAUGUCGUGGAGUGCCGGAGGCUGCAGCUGUUGGCCUACUUUGGGGAAACGGACUUCAAUUCGAAGUACUGCAAGGAACAUCCCGAAGUCAGUUGCGACAACUGCUGCAAAAAACAGGAUUAUAAAUUGAAGAACGUGACUGAAGAAGUCAAGAACAUCAUUAGGUUUGUUCGAGACCACUGUGGCGAAACGGGAGCGAGAAGUAUGAAGAGAAAUGCAAGAUACACGUUGAAUAUGAUGAUUGAGAUUUUCUUGGGUACAAAAAGUGCCAAGAUUCAAUCGGGCAUAUUUGGAAAAGGAGCGGCUUACUCUCGCCAUAAUGCUGAGCGGCUGUUCAGAAAGCUGGUCCUAGACAAGAUUCUGGAUGAAGAGCUGUUUAUCACGGCCAACGACCAAGCUGUCGCCUAUGUCCAGACGGGGGAGAGAGCACAGGUGGUGCUGAAUGGCUCUUUGCAGGUGGAGUUCUGUGAAACAGACAGCGCCAGCAGCAUUCGCAGGCAGCGGGUUUCAGCGGCCAACAUUUCCAAGCGGGAAGAGAUGGUUAAGAAAUGCCUCUCGGAGCUCACCAACGUUUGCAAAAACCUUGGGAAACUGUUUGAUGUCCAUUACUUCAACAUUUUCAGCACUGCUACCCUUAAAAGAAUAGCAGAGACGUUGUCUUCGGACCCAGCAGUCCUGCUGCAGAUCGAUGGUGUCACGGAGGACAAACUCGAAAAGUACGGAGCGGAAAUAAUUGAAGUGAUGCAGAAAUACAUUGAGUGGACACUGCCAGGACCGGAAGAGCCAGCCCCGGGCAUGGAGGUUGAGAGCCAUUACAGUACUGACGAGGGAGCGGCGUGCACAACCUCCGGCUAUUUCCGCAACGGGGCCAGCAAGGGAAGGAAGAGGAAAAAGCCACAAUUCUUCAGAGAAGCCAAGAAGAAGAAAACGAGCUCCAGAGGCCAGCAGGCUCACCCGAAAAGGAAUUACAAAACGUACACAUCGGCCAGCUCCAAAGUUCCCGUCACGACCGGAGGGCUCAGCAAGAGGCCUGGGAUUAUGGCGCCGCCCAAACCGCAGAGCAGGCAGUACCUGAAGCCGUCUUACUCCUUUGUGUAAUGGCCCCUCUAGCCCGCUUCGUUCAUGUGCACAGUACUUUACAAGCAUCAGAGUUUUGAUCACAGUUGUACAUUCUCC